AUGGGACAGAUUUUGGGUAGAGAUGGGAUGGUGGCCAUUGUGUGUAGGCCAAUGAUAAACAACACAAUCUCAGGACCCUCCCACUUGCAGAGCCAGUGUGAGCCACUGAGAGAGAGAUUGGACAGCUUCUCUAGCAGGAGCUCAAUGGGCCUCUUGAACCACAAAAAACAGGUCUGCCCACAACCGGGGGGUGUGGGGGACCAUGGCCUGUUGACGUGCCCAAAUUUAUUUCUGUCUUCAGCUUCUCCAAUUUUGCUUGAUUUUCAUCCACCUGCAAAACGCUCACGAGGAGAAUCUUCUCUCUCAGUGGGCCCCGUCAAAACCUCUCCAUACCAUCUGAAUCUGCCCUCUGGCUGCAGUCUCUUUUCUUUUCCCAUCACUACUCUCCACCUUCGGGCAGGGUUUGAGGGGGAACCUGACAAGUGGGUUAAUUGGAUCAAUUAUGGGAUGUCGCAUCCACCUAUCGUUGUCCUUGGUGAUUUCUCUUCUGGUUGA